AUGAGCAUGGCUGCACAUCCGCAGAAGGCCAUCGCAUGCGGUGUCAAUAGCUCGGCAGAGAAUCUGAAAGACGGAAAGAACGAGAACUGCAGAGUAUACACCGUCAAGGAAGACAAAAUCUACCCGUCCAACACGCAGAGCACACUUGAGCUAGAUAGCACGGAAGACGACUUUCAGAAAGUGACCGUCUUCUCGCCGACCGGGAGCCUGCUAGCCGUGGCUGGUACUCAUGAUCUUUCAGUCCUCCAUUACCCUUCUCUCUCCCUUGCUGCAUCUCCUAUACAUAUAGACAAAGGCGAGAUCUACGACGCGACAUUCUCUUCCUCCACUUUGGUCGUUGCUACUACCGUGAAUCUUUUGGUGUAUGCCCUACCCCCUUCGGAUGCCGAUGCGAAGAGGGCCAAGGCCUAUGGGAAGAAGAAAGAAUCCACCCUUGCUAAACUCGAGCUGCUGAAGACCAUAGACCGUCCAACGCUCCCAGGCAAGGACGCGGGGAGCAGCUUCCGUGCAGCACGAUACCAUCCGCACGAUGAGAAGGUCUUGUACACCGUCUUGAAUACUGUCCCACCACGCACACGCACGAAGUCAUCUCCGCGACGGGCCUUUAGACGUGGCAGGUCACGAGAGUGCGCAAGCAUUCAGCGCACCUAA